AUGAUUAUUUUAUUAUUAAUCUUAAUACCUACACUAUUAUCAGAUAAUAUUCAACUAGCCAGAGUACAAUAUUGCGGCUGUAAUGUCGCUCUUGUUUAAUCUUUAUGCAUCCAAUUAGAUGAUUGUAGAUGGCAAAAUUUCUAAUGUGUCAAUAUUACAGGUAUUCCAUAAACUAUUGUGGUCACAUCCAAUAAUACAAAUAAUAAUGGUAAUCUUUCUGAAGGCAAUACAACUACUCCCAAUAAGACAAACAAUACAUAAGAUGAAUAUGAUUUCACUGAUCCAGACUUUGAUUAUGAUUCUAUUGUUGUCACACAUAAACCAUACGAAAUACCUGAAAUUAUUGAUGAAGUAGAUGAAGGUGAAAAUAUAGAUGAAGGUAUUAAUUUUGUAUUAAUAUCAGGAACUACUGAUACAGGUACAGAUACAGGUACAGAUACUGGAACUGAUACAGGAACUGAUACUGGAACUGAUACAGGAACAGACACAGGUACUGGAACUGGAACUGAUACAGGGACAGGAACGGAUACAGGAACGGAUACAGGAACAGGAACGGAUACAGGUACGGGAACGGAUACAGGAACUGAUACUGGAACUGAUACAGGUACCGAUACAGGCACAGACACAGGAACAGAUACAGGAACUGAUACAGGUACAGAUACUGGAACUGAUACAGGUACUGAUACAGGUACUGAUACAGGUACUGAUACAGGUACUGAUACAGGUACUGAUACAGGUACAAAUAAUAAUACAAAUACAAAUACUAAUACUAAUACAACAUAAACUUUUACUUAAACAACAUCAAUCACUAAUACAAAAAUAUAUCUUAAUAAAACCUUUAAUGAUAAAGUAACAUGCAGUUAAUAAAGCGACUAAGUAGGAUGUAAUAGUAAAAGAUGGCCAGAAUAGAUUUUCUGUAUAUGGAAAAAUGAAACAUGUGUUUCAGGAUCCUGCUCUGAUUUAGAUUUAAUAGAAUGUGAAAAAACAUUUUUCUGUGUAAAUUAUGGAUACUGCUCCUAUUGUGUAAUUAUAUUUUCAUAUUGUAGAAAGUCAUAUAAGAAUAUGCUUAACCCCUAUUAGUAUCAAUAUUAAUAUUAGUAUUUCUAAUAUCCUGA